ACUGUACCUACUGAGCUCAGCUCCUCCGCACGCUCAUUUCAUUUUCUUGGGCAUCAAAUCUUCAUUUCAUCCUCACACUCACAUUCACAUUCACACUCCCCUCACUCUCCUUUAUGCCAUCAUCUACGUGAUACAGGGACUGAAACAAUCCCUUGUUCCUUUGACGUCAACUCACUCAUUUCCAUUUUUUUUUUUCAUUGUUGCCUCGCGGGUUCCGUUCAAAAACCGAGCUCAUGCCAUGGCCAUCUUCGCGUCCUCAGCUGUACGCCUACUCAUCGGCCUCACAGUCGCACUCACCUUCAUCGCCUUCUUCACACCAACAGGCUACAUACCAGACGCCGCGUUAUCAUUCAGGAUGCCAGCUGCACUAAAAAAGCUCGAUGUCUCCAUCACCCAGGAGGAAAAGGAUCCUGUUCUCAUCCGCGCAACCGUCAGGAACAACAAUGACGAGCCCGUCACCAUUCUCAGCUACGGCUCACCCCUGGACCCCUUGGGCAUCUCUCUUGGCAUUCUCUACAUCACACCAAAGGGCGACAGCAAACCACUUGAUAUCAUGCAGAUUGAAGCAUCACGGCUCUGGCCGCCUGCUGAUGAUGCUCUAAUUGAGAUUCUGCCUGGCCGAGCGGCAAUUUGGGAAUUUACCCUCCAGGAACCUGUUGUUCCGAUGGACAAGGUUUUUGAGGGGGCGACGGUGCAGCUAAAGGGGAUGUGGAAUGCUGUGUGGACAAAGGAGAAGAAGAAUGUGGACUACACAUCAUUCGCGGAGGGCACACCAGCAAACGAAACUCUAACAGGGCCAUUCAAGUCAAACAUCAUCGACAUUGAAGUCGUAUAGACACGAAUUGUAUCAUCAUCAUCAUUGUUAUUAUUAUUAGGCGUUUGGGGUGGCAGGCAUGAUUAAUUGGUUCACUUGUCGCUACGUUAGAUGACUAGAGUGAUUGACGGGUUAAUUGGGAAGACAAGCAAGGGGCGAAAAUAUUUUUUAUCAGAAUACAUAUAAUCCAAUCCAAUCCAACCCAACCCAACAAGUAAAGCAAAG